AUUCUCCCUCAAUCACCACCCACUCAAUCCCAGGCUUCAUCCUCCCAUCAUGGCUGCGGAACAACGAAAGCUGCUCGAGCAGCUCAUGGGAGCGGACCAGCUCGUCGGCACCGGAGCCCCCUCUCGCAAUGCGCAACUCCAAAUCACAGACCCCAAAGUCUGCCGCUCGUAUCUGGUCGGCACCUGCCCGCACGACCUCUUCACCAACACCAAACAAGACCUGGGCCCGUGCCCAAAAGUGCACAGCGAAGGGUUGAAGACGGAAUACGAGACCGCCUCGGCCGCGGAGAAGGCCAAAUGGGGGUUCGACUACGACUACAUGCGCGACAUGCAGAAGUACAUUGACGACUGUGACCGACGCAUUGACUCGGCGCAGCGCCGGUUGGAGAAGACCCCGGAUGAGAUCCGUCAGACGAAUAACUUGCUCAAACAAAUCGCCGACCUCACCAACACAAUCAACAGCGGCCUCCUGGAGAUCUCCGUGCUGGGCGAAACCGGCUCCGUCGCCCAGGCCCUCAACGAGCUGCACAAGAUCCGCACCGCCAAGCACCAGAAGGAGACGUGCGAGCGCGACCUCAAGAAUCUCCAGGACACCUCGGGCCCCUCGGGCCACCAGAAGCUGCAGGUUUGCGACGUGUGCGGCGCCUACCUGAGCCGGCUCGACAACGACCGCCGCCUGGCGGACCACUUCUUCGGCAAGAUGCACAUGGGCUACUCGGAUAUGCGCAAGACGUUCAAGAAGCUCAGCGAGGAGCUCAAGGGUCGGCCUCCGCCGGUGCGCCACCACGAUGACGAGGACGAUCGCGGCUGGGGCGGUGGUCGCUCUGGCGGCGGUGGUCGCGGGCCUCGGUAUGGAGGUGGUGGUGGCGGCGGUGGUGGCUAUAAGAAGCGCGGUCCGCGGUGGUAGUGGUAAGGCUGAUGGUGGUGUGGUGAUGAUGCGAGCAAACGACGACGAACCACAAAACGAUGAUGAACGAUGACUUUGGUGAUAAGGCAGGACAGCGGGGGCUGGAACUGGGUUGGUUGUCUUCUGAGCACACCCGGCUAUUUCCUUUUCUUCGGCGGAGCUGUACGCCUCCUCUUACUCUGGUUUUUGCAUAGCGUAGGCGUUUCCUUUCACGGCCUCGUUGGCGGAUGUCAUGGUUUUUAUUAUUCUGUUGUUCUAAAAAGAUACUAAACAUUACUUAUAUUAGCGAAAUAACCAAUCUACGCACUACGUCACCAGCAUACCUGGUCUCAUUGCUG